GGUUAUUGGACUAGCAGCAAUGUGGUGCUUCUGUGGGGUUGUGAUUUAACUGGAUCCGAAGUGAAAAUCUCCUCUCAGUGGAUGAAAGGUGAGCUGUUUACGAGGUGUGGCUGCUAUCGUUGACCGCUGUCAUUGUUACACAAUACCAUGCUGUAAAAAUGUCCCUGGUCAGGUUGCAAUAAUAACCUUAGCCUGUUAGCCAGCCACAAGUCCAGUGACCACACUGCUACUUCUGAGAAGUAAACAACUACCCUCUACCCUUUACUUACUUUCUGUGGCCAGUUGUUGAGUAAACUGAGGUGUAAUAGCAGUCACUCGUUGAAGUUAGUUAAUAGACACUUUAUGACUAGUUACUUACAAAUGGCACUCUGACAGCUAUGUGGUGAACCUAAAUGCAACAUUGUAUCAAUUCACCAAACUUUCUCCAGCGAUGACUACAAUGUUGCACCGACUCAAUCCACAACGCUUGAAGGCUGUUCUGAAGGUGGUCUCAAAGCACGCAGUGUCUUCAAGGGCACCAGUGGAAGCUUUGACAGCCGCGAGGUUUCUCUGGAGUCCACUAUGCGGCUCGUACCACCGACCCAUACACAGUGGAGGAGGUGGCCGAGAUGGGCGAUCUCUCCCCAGCAGCGCUCCUCCACGGCUCCCCUUCUCCCGGGUCACCGAGGCAGACCUCGCCUUCUUCCGAGAGCUCCUGCCAGGCCGGGCCAUCACAGAUCCCGACAUGCUGGAGUCGAGCAACGUGGACUGGCUGAAAUCUGUGAGAGGUAACAGCGAAGUCCUACUAAGACCAAGGACUACAGAGGAAGUUUCCCAGAUUCUCAGGUACUGUAACGAGCGGCACCUGGCGGUGAACCCUCAGGGUGGGAACACGGGGCUGGUGGGGGGCAGCGUGCCCGUAUUCGACGAGAUCAUCCUCUCCACCGCCCUCAUGAACCAGGUGCUCGCCUUCGACGGAGUGUCAGGCAUCCUGACGUGCCAGGCGGGCUGUGUGCUGGAGACCCUCUCUGGCUACCUUGAGGAGCGCGACUUCAUCAUGCCGCUGGACCUGGGGGCCAAGGGCAGCUGCCAUAUAGGGGGCAACGUGGCCACCAACGCGGGGGGGCUGCGCCUGCUGCGCUACGGCUCCCUCAGAGGGACAGUGCUGGGGCUCGAGGUGGUGCUUGCUGAUGGGCGGGUCCUUAACUGCUUGGCGACCUUGAGGAAGGACAACACGGGUUACGACCUGAAGCAGCUGUUCAUCGGCUCCGAGGGCACGCUAGGAGUCAUCACCGCCGUCUCCAUCCUCUGCCCACGCAAACCCAAAGCCGUCAAUGUGGCAUUCCUGGGGUGCGAUAGUUUCCACAACCUGCUGGAGACGUUCCAGUGUUGCAGGGGCAUGCUGGGAGAAAUCCUGUCGGCCUUCGAGUUCCUCGACGCCUCCUGCAUGGGCCUACUGGAGACACACCUCAAACUCACCAACCCUAUUACAGAAUGUCCCUUCUACAUCGUCAUAGAGACCGCAGGGUCCAAUGCAGAGCACGACGAGGAGAAACUCCACAACUUCCUGGAAGAGGUGAUGUCAAAGUCCUUCGUCAUUGAUGGGACGGUGGCUACGGAGGAUGUCAAAGUUAAGGCGCUCUGGUCCCUUAGAGAGAGGGUGACUGAGGCCCUGACCCAUGACGGCUUCACCUACAAGUACGACAUCUCACUUCCUGUGGAGAAGAUCUACCAGAUGGUCACGGACAUGAGGGAGCACCUUGGAGACCGCGCCAAGAACGUAGUGGGCUACGGACACGUGGGUGACGGCAACCUGCACCUGAACAUCACGUCCCCGUCUAAAGACCCCGCCCUGUUGGCGGCCAUCGAGCCGUACGUGUACGAGUGGACGUCGGGCGUGGCGGGCAGCGUGAGCGCAGAGCACGGCCUGGGCCUGAAGAAGAGAAACUACAUCUACUACAGCAAGCCCCAGGAGGCAGUGGCCCUCAUGGGGGACAUCAAGAGCCUGCUGGACCCCCGAGGCAUACUCAACCCAUACAAGACCCUGCCUGACGACAUUAAACAGCACUGACACUGGAUACACACACACACACACACACACACACACAC